AUGAUACCUCCGCGACGAUCUAUACUGCCGCUCUGGCUUGCUCUCCUGCUCAAACGCCAGCGUCGUGUCAAUAUACUAGCCCCCUCAUGGCUUGCCCUAGAGUCAUUGACCUCGCUUCUCGAGCUGGAAACUAUGCGAACAGAACAAUUCUGUCCUCCUCCCACUUUAAUGGCUCCGGCACAAGAUGGCAAUACAGAUUCAAGACAACACAACCGUGGCAAUAAUCGAAGUACCAGGCCUCGGUAUAACAUGGAUGGGAAGAGAUAUACUCCGUCGCCUCCGUUUCUACUCCAAAACACUGUGAAUGCAGAGCAGAAUGAAUUCCUGAAUGCCUUGCCUUACCAUUGGCUUGAGUUUGCAACCAUGCUCCUUGAUGUAGCCAGUGACGACAUUCAGGAUUCUGACCAAGUACGUCGCUGCAUUCGGGAUAUCCGAGAGGUGCGAAUGUCCAAAAUGCGCCAAUUGAUGGAAGGGAUCGAUGCCACUGCUGUUGGCGGUGGAGACGGCUUAGCACUGACAGGUGUGGGCGCCAUGGAAAUUGGUGAAGCAAGAGGGUUUAUAUCUGGUGCAGCUGAAGCAUUAAGACAAAUAGGUGCUUCUAAAGAAGAAACCUUGAGAGAGCAGGCUGGGGAGGAUGAAGGAGAGGAUAUUCAAUACGGUGGAAGAAAUGACUAUGAAGAUGAAAUGGACGUGGAGCUAUAA